AUGUACUACAUUUUUGGUGUACUUAGUAAUAUAGAACUGUUCUCUGCACAUUUACUGUAUUGUACUGCAUGCCUCAGUAGCCCUCCACGGCUCAGUCCCCACAAAUGUCUCCUGCGCAAACACAAGACCAACCGGAAACCACGGACGCCCUUCACGACCCAGCAACUUUUGGCCCUGGAGAGAAAAUUCCGCGAAAGGCAGUACCUCUCCAUAGCCGAGCGCGCCGAAUUUUCGUCAUCACUGAACCUCACAGAGACCCAAGUUAAGAUCUGGUUUCAAAACCGACGGGCCAAAUCGAAACGACUGCAAGAGGCCGAGUUAGAAAAAAUAAAAAUGGCCGCCAGACCGAUGCUGGGUGUUCCGUUCUCCCUCUACGGUCUAACGGUUGGGGCGUUUCCACCCCCUCCACCCCAGCUGACGGCAACUUCACCACCGUCGCAUCCUCAUCAUCCGUCGUUUCAUUCCAACAGCAACAACAACAUUAUUCUCAACAACAACAGCAACAACAAUAAUAACAACAUUAACAAUAACAACAUAAAUAUUAAUAAUAGCAACAACAACAACAGUAAUAAUAAUAAUUUAAGUAGUAAUAACAACAACAACAAUAAUAAUAACAAUAAUCUCAGUAUAAGCAGCAAUAAUGGGAUGCACAUGCUGGCAGUUGGUAGCGCGCUCCCAUUCCACCCCUCCCACCACCACCACCAGGGAUUCCAGGGGCUUCCGACACUCAACGGGACUGCUGUGUUUCACCGUUGA